AUGGCGCGCCGGGUGCCUCCUUUAACCCGUGCCGAAUUUCCCUCUGUGGCCGUUGUCUAUCACCAGAUUCGCACCAAAGCCACCGCCCCCUUCAAGCUGCCAGCAGCCAGGAAUGAGCCCAACCCCCAUUAUGUCCGAGGCUCGCCCGAGCGCCAACAGUUGGAAGCAGCCUUGACCAAGCUCCGAUCCCAACUGCCCGUCAAAAGCUCCAUCUUCUACAAUGGAAAGGCCCAGGAGGUAUCCAAGUCCUUGAGUCAGGCCAUGCCUGCAGAGCAUGGCACAGCAUUUACAAACUACCCAAUGGCCAGUCGGGAGCAAGUCUCCGUUGCUAUCGAGUCGGCUCUCAAGGCGAAAAAGCGCUGGGAAGAGACUCCCUUCGUAGACCGCGCCGCCAUCUUCAUGAAGGCGGCCGAGUUAGUUACGACAAAAUACCGCUAUGAGAUCAUUGCAGCCACCAUGCUCGGACAGGGAAAGAAUAUCUGGCAGGCGGAAAUCGAUGCGGCCGCAGAAUUAGCCGACUUCUUCCGACUCAAUUGCCACUACGCUGCGGAGUUGCUCGAAAGACAGCCCACACGUGGUAGCGACGGCAUGUGGACUCGCGUCGACUACCGUCCUUUAGAAGGCUUCGUCUACGCCAUCUCGCCAUUCAACUUCACAGCCCUCGGAGGAAGCUUGGUAUCAGGACCGGCGUUGAUGGGCAAUGUUGUUAUCUGGAAGCCGUCCCCCCAUAAUGUCUAUGCCAGCACUCUGGUCUACAAGAUCCUGCUAGAGGCAGGUCUCCCUCCAGAUGUGAUUCAGUUUGUGACGGGUGACGCAAAGCUGAUCACAGAUGUGGCCCUCUCCCACCGCGAAUUUGCAGGUCUCAACUUUAUCGGCUCAUCGGACGUGUUCCGGUCUCUCAGUGCAAGAAUUGGGCAAGAGAUUGGGAAUAAGACAUACCGGGAUUUCCCGCGCAUCGUCGGAGAGACCAGCGGGAAGAACUUCCAUCUGAUACACAACUCUGCAGACAUCCCCAGUGCGGUCAACCAUACCAUCCGCGGCGCGUUUGAAUAUCAGGGUCAGAAGUGUUCCGCCACAUCGCGCGUGUAUGUUCCCGAGUCUCGUGCCGAGGAGUUCAUUGCUGCUUUGACCGCCGGAGUGAAGGACAUUACAAUUGGAAGCCCCGAUAAAGAUCUGGAAGCGUUCAUGGGCCCGGUCAUUCACAAGGAGUCUUUCAAGAAGAUCAAGUCUAUCAUCGACGAGUGCAACAACGACGCCUCCUUGAAACUACUGGCAGGUGGCACAUACGACGAUUCAACGGGAUACUUUGUCAACCCGACAGUCUACCAGGCGCAGUCUCCGGACCAUCGGCUGUUCGACGUGGAGAUCUUUGGUCCGGUACUUGCCCUUUACGUGUAUCCUGAUUCAGAAUGGAGCACUAUUCUGCGCAAGACUGAUCAGGCCGGAGGUGGACUGGCGUUGACCGGCGCUGUUUUUGCUAACGAUCGGGGUGCUAUCCGUGAAGCGGAAGACGCUCUGCGCUACUCGGCUGGGAACUUCUAUAUUAGUACGUGA